ACCAUUCACCGUUUGUCUUACCGUCACGGGGAACUACCGGUACCGGCAUGGAAUCCUCAGUUAGUUCGUCGCUUCUUUCUGAUCUACAUACAUAUACAGUUUUGAAAUUGGGAAAUACAUUAAAUUAGCUUGUUUUCCAAAUACCUUCAUUUGCGUUUUCACAAAAUUUGCAAAACAUCUUGAAAAACCACUGGAAAAUAUGAGUAUUAUUUAUUUACCUAAAACCAUUUGCCACCCACGAAGCGUUUACUAAAGGUUUGAACGCGCGAAUGUCGUAAACUUUCGACUCCAUCAUAAACUGUGCCGUGGUAACUUAUAUUUAGUUUUUUAUGAUUCCUUAUCGAUCGCCGAUAACAUAAUGCCAACCCGUUUCAUCUAUAAAAGCGCCAUUUGUGGAAAUAUAACACCACAGUAUUGCGCCCAAUCGAAGCAAACGAUGUUAAACUUUCUAAACGUUUUAGCGCUUUUUGCCCUGCUAUCCGCGGCUGCAGGUGCGGCAACAGGCCAGGCCUGGUGGGAAACCGCCUCAUUCUAUCAAAUAUACCCACGCUCUUUCAAGGACAGCGAUGGUAAUGGCAUUGGAGACUUGAAGUGCAUUACCCAACAACUGCCAUACCUCAAGGAAAUCGGCAUUGAUGCGACUUGGUUGUCGCCCAUCUUCACUUCGCCUAUGGCGGACUUCGGCUAUGAUGUGUCCAACUUCACAGAAAUUGACAAAUUAUAUGGCACAUUGGAAGAUUUCCAGGAGUUGCUCGCAAAAGCAAAUCAAUUGGGUGUGCGAAUAAUUUUCGACUUUGUACCGAACCACUCCAGUGAUGAAUGCGAAUGGUUUAUCAAGUCUGUCAAGAGCGAUCCGGAAUACAAGGACUUCUAUAUUUGGCAUCCGGGCAAAAUUUCCGAAAAUGGCACACGAGUGCCGCCAAACAAUUGGAUAAGUAAUUUCCGCGGUUCAGCGUGGACGUGGAACGAAGACCGUGAAGAAGUUUAUCUGCAUCAGUUCCAUGCCAAGCAGCCAGAUCUCAUCUACAAUAAUCCGAAAGUGCGCGAAUUAAUGAAGGAUGUGCUGCGUUAUUGGGUGCGCUUGGGUGUUGCCGGCUUCCGUAUAGACGCUGUGCCACAUAUCUACGAAGUAGCUGUCGAUGCGGAUGGCAAUUAUCCUGAUGAGCCACGUAACCCCGAAGUGGAUAACCCCGAAUCCUACCUGUACCUAGAGCACAUCUAUACCAGAGAUCAACCGGAAACUCUGGAAGUAGUUUUUGAGUUUCGUCAGGUCUUGAAAGAAUUAGAUGAGGAGUUGGGUGGCGAUGAACACAUACUCAUGGCCGAAAUUUGUUCGUCAAUUGAUGUGGAAAUGCAAUACUACGGAAAUACCACCACAGAUGGCGUUCAAAUACCUUUCAAUUUCGAACUACUCAACUAUUUGGACCAAGAUUCGAAUGGCUACCUCUACUCGGAAGUCAUAAACAAAUGGCUGGACAGCAUGCCCGAGGGGCGCGUAGCGAAUUGGGUUUUGGGAAAUCAUGAUCAGAGUCGCAUUGGCACACGCUUAGGCGCCGAUCGCAUUGACUUGAUCAACUUAUUGCUAAAGACUUUGCCUGGCGUAAGCGUAACUUACCAAGGCGAGGAGAUCGGUAUGACGGAUGUUUGGAUUUCUUGGGAGGACACCGUCGAUCCACAGGGUUGUCAAUCGAAUCCAGAAGAAUACCAAAGCCUAAGCCGUGAUCCGCCGCGUACGCCCUUCCACUGGAAUGACGGACACAAAGCCGGCUUUACCGAAGGUAAUACAACAUGGUUACCUCUGGCUGAGGAUUAUAGACUAGUGAAUGUGAAACGUGAACGAGGCAUUGCCUAUAGUCAUCUAAAUGUAUACAAGCGGCUGCAGGAUUUGCGUGUAGAAAAGACACUACGCGAUGGAGAGACUGAAGUGAAGGCAAUCAAUGCAAAUAUAUUAGGUAUUAAGCGUUACCUAACUGGUGAACGAACAUUCGUUGUACUCCUGAAUAUUAACAACGCUUUUGAAACGAUCGACUUGAACGCCACGUUUAAUGAUCUACCCAAUGUGCUGUAGUAUGUAUUGGUGGCGGAUAGAAGCGUUCGGCGAAAGGGUGACAAGGUUCAAAGCAACUACAUUGUACUGGUUCCUAAAGAAACCAUUGUAUUGGCCACACUCGCCUGAGGGACGGAAACCUCGAAGUAAUUUUGAAUAAACCUUUGGUUAUGUAAUACAUACGCAGAUUUUUGAUUGAUAAAUAAAUACCGAUUUAUUGAAGUUACUUCCCCAUAUUCGGUAAUCGUAAUCAGUGUGAAAUUUUAUUAAUAAAAAUGUAAAUCUUAAUUGCUUUUGCCAAUAAAAAACCUAUUAACAGCCCUGUUGUAUAAAUUUACAGUCGUCUGAUUGCAUGCUUGACUACAACAGCAAGCAUACUAGGGAUUACGAAUCUGACUAUUUGACUAAUAAAAAAUUGAGUUAA